CGCUAAAAAUGGCCGUCCUGAUGGGAAGGUGUAACUGACCAUUUACGCCUUUUAUUUUCACUUAUGUAUGAACCUGCUUGUAUUUCUUGUUUUUCAAAUAAGCCGCGAAACGAAUAGCCCGGAUUAUAGCGAAAGCGCGUGUCACCGGUUGAUGGUGCGCGGACUUUGCGCGGUUCGCUCAGGCUUGUAUUUGCAGGGUUUCUAUGCAAAUGAGCAGGACUGUACAGUGUACAGUACAGUACACAAUAGACUGAUAAAAACUGGACGUGGUACUGAAACCAUCAUCAUCGCGCUUUUUUAAAAUUCUCGUCAUAAUCAACGUUUUGGGUGCUUUUUGGACAUUGGCUCUGAGAUCUCUGAAUUAAUUCAGUUAAAUAAUGAGUAAUGCAUUUUUCCCAAUGCUACAACAUUAAGUAACCCAUUUAUACAUCUAUUAUUACUGUACUGAAGUAAUUCAAGGUAGUCUGCAGUAGAGAGACUGCUGUCUGUGACCACAGUUUGUCUGAACGUGGAGAGAUCAUGCACCAGGGAUGUCUGAGGAGACCCCCAAAUGUGAGCCAAACCCUGUACAGCAAACAUCUGCCCAGAAGAUGGAAGGAACCAUUCUGCACUGUUCAUUCUACGGCUGCAAGCAGACCUUCACCGAUGUGCAGAAACUGACGAGCCAUACCCAGAGUCACCAGAUCCCCACACAGUCCCUUCCAGGGAAAAUGUUCCAGUGCUCGGCUCUAGGAUGCACCAGCUCCUUCCCCAACAUGCAGCAGCUCAUGGAGCACAUGAGGCGCCACUACAAACCAAACCAUUACUUCCUGUGCGAGAGCUGCAGGUCCAGGCUGCGCUCCUACCGUGCACUUUUCAAGCACUUGCACAACUGUGCUAAAGUGGCCAGGAGCAAGGCGGCCAAAGUUGCAGAGAUCAGCCCCGCUGCCAAUGUGACGGAUGCACCGGAGUUCCCCACCGUGUCCGACUCAGCCCUUUCUGACGCUCCUGUUGCCGCAGGCAUGGGCGAGCCCUCCGCACCCCCCCAGAACCAAGUGGAGGAAUCGGAGAUGAAGUCAGAAUCCAACUCGCUACCAGUCGACUCUGUCCCUGCUGCUGCGGCGCCAGCUGUCUCUGGGCUGCAGGCCUCCGUCAGCAGCCUCCCCCUGGACCCUUCUGGGGCUCCCUCCACUGGGCCAUUCUCACUCUUUGAGCAAUCAGGUUUCGCUGCACAGCCCCAGAACUUCCCUCCACAGACGGACGGCACGUCCGGCUCCUUCCCUGCCUACCUGGCUCCCCUACAUUCUUCUCCUCCUCCCUCAAACCCUGGGCAGCAGGAACAGCAGCAGGAGCAGCAGCGCAUUCUCCGAGGUGUUGCAUCUUCUCCGCCUGCAUCCGCAGCACCCCCGACGCCCCUAGGGUCCAACGCAGUGUGGAGGAAGAACCAAGGCCAGUCCUUCAGCAAUCGGAUCCUAUGGGAGCACACAAGGGGGCGCUAUAGAUGCCUGCAGUGUGGCCACUCCACCCCUACCCGGCAGGAGAUGACGGCCCACAUCGAGGGCCAGCACAAGGGGCCCCCUAACCGCCUGCAAGGCGAUCUGGAUUUUAGAGUGGUUCCUCCUUUCCAACCUAGAAGUUCACCUGACACAGAGCCCUCCAUCUACACACAGCUGUAAUCGUCUCCGUCUUGUAGCAUCAGUGAAUUAGACAUGGAAAAUCAUGUGCUUUUUGAACAGAACAGACUCUUGCACCUUGCUUUACUGCUGUAUCUUUUGCCUUGCUACACUUUAAUGCUUCCCAGCCAAUGCAAACAUCUCUGAGGUCAUAAAUGUUCCUUUCAAUUUUAGAUGAAGUGUUUUCUUACAAGUUUCAUAGACUUGUUGUGUGUAUCAUUUAUCCUAGAUACUAAUAUGUGUCUUUUCUAGGAGUAUGACAGUUUUGUAUUCUUAUAGUCCAGAGUCAUUGUCUACCACAUCAAAUACAGCAGACCUGUCACUGAAUGUUAUGUCUGGUUUCAGUGGGACUGAGGUCUGUUUUAGUCAUGUUUCUGUUUUACACAUUUGUUUUGACAUGGCAUAAAGUUUGUAAUACAGCAGUGAUUUGAUAUCGCAUAAAACCUUUUAACUAAAUGUAUGAAUAUUAAUGUCGAUAGUUAUCCGGGAUGUCAUCUGUGACACUGUCAUACAAAAACCCUUAUUUUCUGGGUAAUUUGAUGAUAUACUGUACAUGCAUAUUCUCAAAAUGCAAAUAAAAAAAAAACCCAAUACAGUGGAGAAAUUUACACUGAACGUUGCAUAUGGAACAUGCAAGUUGAGUAGAAAAGUUCACAAUUCAUGUAGUAACACAUAUAUUGAGUAAUCUGUGGAAAUCAAGGUGUUUCUUGUACAAAUGGUUAUUCUGAAAUGGACUUGGAAAGAAAUAUGCAUGGAGGAGUGUAAAUAAA